AUGGAAGUGAUUAAUGAAAAUCCAAACGGCGGUGAAUUCUACGGACAGGGGUUCCCAUCAUCAUCAUCAUCAGUGGGCGCCUUCCCACCACCACCACCACCGCUACCACUACCGCCUUCACCAGUGGGAGAACAUCAGGAAUACUCAUCACAUGGCUUGAGUUUCAACGCUUUAAUAUCUUUUUUUGGAGCUGCUUAUAGAUUAUUUUUGUUUUCUUAUAGUCAACAUGGAAUAAAUUUUUCUGGUUCAUUUAGUUAUGUGAAUGGAUAUUUCCGUGAAUAUUAA